AUAAUUUGAAAUAUUAAAAAACUAUUUUACAAUUAUGAGCAAUUUCUGAUCGCUUUUAAAAUGGGUAUAAAGGGGUUAUGGACGGUGUUAGCUCCAUACUCUGAGAAGAUAUCAUUACAUGAAAUUAGUGGUCAAACUGUUGCAAUAGACUUAGCUGGAUGGGUUUGUGAUAGCCAAAAUGUUACUGAUUAUUAUAUUCAGCCUAAGCUAUAUCUAAGAAAUCUAUUCUUCCGAACUCUUUACUUAGUGCUAAGUGAUGUAAAUCCUAUAUUUGUGCUUGAGGGCGAUGCUCCAGAACUUAAGAGAGAUGUUAUGGCUGCUAGAAAUGCAUUGCAGUUUAAAGGUGCAGCCCCUAAAGCUACCACAGAGAAAACAAAACAAACUAACAUAACAAGAACAAGGUUCAAAGGGGUAUUAAAAGAGUGUGAAAAUCUCUUAAGGACAAUGGGAGUGAGAUGUGUAAAAGGUAGAGGAGAAGCUGAAGCUGCUUGUGCUAGAUUAAAUGCUGAAGGUUUAGUAGAUGCUGUUGUAUCCCAAGAUUCUGACUGCUUCGCAUAUGGAGCUAAGAAAGUGUAUCGCAACUUCAGUGUAUCAAGUGCUGGUGGUGGAGGAGCCACACAUGGCUCGGUGGACGUCUAUGAUGCUGUCAAGAUGUUUAAUAAUAAGGGGUUUGGACGUAAUAAGAUGGUUGCGUUAGCAUUGCUCUGUGGUUCUGACUACGGAGUUGGUGUCUGCGGGUCGUCUAAAACAACCGUUGUUUCUUUUCUCCACACUGUCCCAGAAGAUCAAGUUAUAUCGAGGUUAUUAUCGUGGGUGAGUGAUCCACAGCACUACGAGGCGCAGUCCCGCUGGGUAUCCGUCCCGGGUCGCUGUGACCGCUGCGGGCACGCGGGCCGCACUCACCUCAAGAAGGGUUGCUCCACGUGCGCCACUCACCAAGGAUGUAACGAUACUGGACAUAAAUCAAAAUUAUGUGAUGUAAAACGUGAACUAUUGCUGCGCAAUAAAGCCUUGUCGUCCGGCAUACCGUUUCCGGAGCCGAAAGUUAUGAAGGAAUUCCUGAACAGUACACCAGAAGAUAUAGAUCUAGACACUUUGAAGAUUCCUAAACCCAGUUUAAUACAAUUCGUGAAAAUCAUGUCGUACAAACUGGAUUGGCCGCAGCGGUACUGCGUUGAAAAGUUUCUGCCAUUAUUAACGAAAUGGCACCUCCAGGAUAGUGUUGCGUCUAGGACGUUACGACCGCUUGAAAUCAGAAAGAAAAGACAUCCGAAAGGCGUACCGAGUUAUGAAGUUGUAUGGGGGGAUAUUGAUGGGCAUUAUGAAGGACUAAUACCUGACGAACAGUUGGAAGAGGACGAAGAUGUUUCAGCACCUUGGGUGACGAUCGAGAGGCAGGAUUUGAUGGUCAAAUAUUAUCCCGGUAUAGUAGAGAAGUAUGAAGAGUCUAUAAAGAAGCCCCCCAAAGAAAAGAAAACAAGGUGCAGGAAAAAGAAGGAAGAAAAUGGAAAUUCUGAAGAAGUUCACAAGACAAAGAGGAAAUAUACUAGAAAACCAAAACCAAUUACAGACUUUAUGACUACCCUCAAUAGGUCUUUGAAAAAUCUAAGUCUGUCUAAGAAAGAUACAGAACUGAAUUCCAGUAAAGUGAGCGUUAAUGUAAAUAAACUGAAGAGAAAAAUCAAAAAUAACGGUAAAGUGAAGACAAAAAAUACAAUCGAAAGCUAUUUGAAACCGUGCAAAAAGAAAAAGUCUUCGACUAUGACCAGUUUGAUAAGUGGAAGUCAAAACAAGUCUAAGUCCUUUAAACUUAAUUUGGGAAAUAAGGAAAAUAUGGAACCGAAAAAGCAUUUGUUGAGCAUGUUCAAUGAUAGUUCAAGUGAUGUAGAGGCAAACGAUUUAUCGGAUAUUGUAGAAAAAAUCGUAUCGAGAUCGGCUCCUUCAACUAAAGCAAAAGUGGACAGUAAUUACGUGAAAUUGAUAUUUGAGAAUAAACUCGAUAGGAAAUCUAUUCUGACGCAAAGAUUUGAUCAAAAAAAUUGUUCGACUCCUAUAAGCAGUCCGAUAAGGAAAAGUUGUCAGCAGAGAAGGACGUCCAAAUCCUCAAUAUCGGAAGCUGUAGACACCAGCUAUUUCUUUGAUAAAUUAACAGAGGAACGAGAUGCUUUUGAAUUGUCUCUGGAAUUCUCAGCGAACUUGGACUAUAGCCUACCCAAAGUGGAGCUAUAGAAUAUGUAAUAAAAAUAUUAUAUAAAUAA